CUCUCCUCCUCUCUUACUCCAGCGAGCGUGUGUGUGUGUGUGUGUGAGUGAGUGCGAGUGUGUGUGAGUGUCUUACUCCUACAUUACACUCACUUCAUUUAUCAGUAAAACUACACCCUGAGAAGAGACACACGUUGUGGAAUACCAUGUCAGACACGGAGACAAAACCAACCAGUGAAGGAGCAGAGAAGAAGGAUGGAGAGUACAUUAAACUCAAAGUGAUUGGCCAGGACAACAGUGAAAUUCACUUCAAGGUGAAAAUGACGACGCAUCUAAAGAAGCUGAAGGAGUCGUACAGUCAGAGACAGGGUGUCCCCAUGAACUCUCUACGGUUUCUCUUCGAAGGACAGAGGAUCGCAGAUAACCAGACUCCCAAAGAGUUGGGGAUGGAGGAUGAGGACGUGAUCGAGGUGUAUCAGGAACAGACCGGUGGCUACUGGAACGACUAGACCUUUACUUCAUCUCCUUAUCUUUUUAAAUCUUAAUUUUGUAUGUAUGAUGUUUAUUUCUUUCUGUUUCCUUUUGUGCUUCUCCCAGAGGGAAAUGGAAAAAAAAACAAAGAAAAAGAGGAAAACCAUCUGGAUCAAAGCGAUACUUCAGAGCGAGCGAGCGAGUGAGAGCGUUAGAGGUGGAGGAAAUGGGAAAGAAUAAGCAAAAAGCAAGGCUUUUUCCCCAAAAACCUUCCUUCCUCCCUCUCUCGCCCUCUCUCUCUCUCUCUCUCUCUCUCUGUCUCUCUCAGUCCAGUAAAUGUUCAGAGUCGGGAUUAGUGUGUGCCACUGAGCACCUGGUCUAAUUCCCCUGAUGAAUUUAUCCCCGUCAUCGAGGCUUCAUUUCCGCAGGAUAGACACUACACCGUUCGAGUCAGGUCUAUUCCUCUGUGAUGUUCCUCUUCUGUGUAAUUAUUGUCAGCUGAUAAAAAGCUGCGUUUUCCUUGUACGUGAGAUUUGCACGCAUCAAGGGAACUUCACCAGCUUUGUGUUUUGUGACUGUGUGUGAUGCAUGUGUUUUGUUUUGUUUUGUUUUUUUCGGUCUGUUUCGUCUGUCCUCCACUCAGACAUCUGCUCCCCUGAUUAGAAUAAUGCAUAAUGCAAUAAAACCAAGGCCCUGUUUUACGAUGUAAAAAGAUCUCUGAUCAACACUCAGGGGCGACGUUUAACCACGCAGAAAUGAUUCCACUGAUCUCUCUCUCUCUCUCACACAUGAUGAUGAUGUCACUGCACGUUUAGCUUUUUCUUUGUCCACUUCUUAGCUUUCAUUUUCAUGUACGUGAACUGGAGAGGACUUGGUCCAGAUGGUUUGUGGACAUAGAAAUUAUUAUUUUGCUUUUGUCUUGUUUUUUAAAUAAAAUGUGUCAUAAAAUCA